GGCUCCUUGCUGUCGUGGCCCCGCCCCCCUGGCGCCAAGGAGGAGGAAGAGCGGGCAGGGCGAGGCCGGCUUGGCCUGGCCCUUCUUCGCCGAGGAAAGAAGGAAAGAAGGGAGGAAAAGGAAGAGGAAAGAAGGAAGGAAGAAAGGAAAGAGGAACGGAGCUGCUGUCGGAUGGUUCCCUGGGGAGGAGGCUUUGCGUCGUAGCCACACCCCCUUUCCUCCCCUCCCUUCCUCCCCCCCUCCUCCCCUCUCCUCCCCCUCCCUUCCCCUUCCCACCCCCUCCCACUCUCAGUCUCCCCUCCCCACACGGUGGACGCUGUGGACCUCCACUCACUAAUGACAGCGUGGAUCGUCCUCCCCAUUAGCCUCUCUGCCUUCUCAAUCACAGGGAUAUGGAUCGUGUAUGCCAUGGCGGUGAUGAACCACCACGUCUGCCCCGUUGAGAACUGGUCCUACAAUGAGUCCUGUGCCGGUGACCCUGCCAAACAUGGCUACCCCAAAAGCUGCUGCACCCUGGAAGACGUCCCUUUGAUCAGCAAGUGCGGCACCUACCCUCCCGAAAGCUGCCUUUUCAGCCUUAUUGGGAACAUUGGAGCAUUCAUGGUGGUCAUGAUCUGCUUCCUGCGCUAUGGACAGCUGGUCGAGCAGAGCCACAGCUCCUGGGUGAACACCACGGCCCUCAUCACGGGCUGCACCAACGCUGCCGGCCUGGUCAUGGUGGGCAACUUCCAGGUGGACUAUGCCAAAUCUCUUCACUACAUCGGGGCCGGGGUUGCCUUCCCGGCCGGGCUGCUCUUUGUCUGCCUCCAGUGCGUCCUCUCCUACCACACCGCCGCCUCCGCCCUGGACUUCUGGAUGGCACACCUCCGUGUCUUCCUCACCACCGUGGCCUUAAUCUCCCUCGUCCUCAGCGGCAUCUUCUUCAUCCACGAGAGCUUUGUCUUGCAGCACCUGGCGGCCAUCUGCGAGUGGGUCUUCGUCAUCGACAUCCUGGUCUUCUACGGCACCUUCACCUACGAGUUCGGCUCCGUCUCCACCGAGACCCUGGUGGCCGCCCUGCAGCAGGCCCACGGCCGCGGGUGCAAAUCCCCCGGCAGCAGCAGCACCUCCACGCACCUCAACUGCAACCCCGAGAGCAUCGCCAUGAUCUGAGCGGGGACAAGACGGACAUCUGGACGGAGGGAGUUUCCCCCAAUGGGGGAAGAGAGAAGCACCUUUGCCCCCCCUCCCUCCCUCUUUCCUCCCCUGCUUUUAAUUUUGUACCAAAAGGGUUCUGCCCUGGUCUUCGUCCUCCUUUCGAGGCCGUUGGACCCUCUUGUCCAUGAGUGGACGCUUGCCACGCGGUGCGCAGCCUUGCCCUCUGAGGUACGGUUUCGGCACCACGGAAGUGCAGGGCCCAGUGCGCCAGUGCCAAAGGGAGCCUCUCCCCUUCCCAAUGCUCCCCAUGGGAUACAGGAUGCGGGACGGGUGUCCCCUCAAGGGGAAGGGUGGCCUCUCACUGCCGGGCCCCACCUUGGCCCCUUUCUCAGAGCCAGCCAGCAGAACAUCAGCAAACAAAGGGGCAUCCCAAUACAUAUAUAUAUAUAUAUAUAUAUAUCUCAUAUUUCUUCGAUUCUAAGAUCCCACCUGCACAGCAUUAUAAUGCGGUUUAGCUGCACUGAACUGCAUUAUAGGAGUCCACACUGCCAUACAAUGCAGUUCCGCUGCAUAUGAGUCCGCACUGCCAUACAGUGCAGUUCAAUUGCGUUAUAUGAGUCUGCACUGCCAUACAAUGCAGUUCAGCACAGUUCACUUGCAUUAUAUGACUCUACAGUGCAGUUCACUUGCAUUAAGAGUCUGCACUGCCAUAUAAUGCAGUUCAAUUGCAUUAUAUGACUACAGUACAGUUAACUUGCAUUAUGAGUCUACACUGCCACAUAGUGCAGUAAAGCUGCAUUGAGUCUACAAUGCAGUUCAGCUGCAUGAAGCUACAUUGCCAUACGAUGCAGUUCACUUGCAUUAGAUGAGUCAACAUUGCCAUAUAAUGCAGUUCAAUUGCAGUAUAUGACUCUACAGUGCAGCUCACUUGCAUUAAGAGUCUACACUGCCAUAUAAUGCAGUUCAAUUGCAUUAUACGACUCUACAGUGCAGCUCACUUGCAUUAUGAGUCUACACUGCCACAUAGUGCAGUAAAGUUGCGUUGAGUCUACAAUGCAAUUCAGCUGCAUGAAGCCACAUUGCCAUACGAUGCAGUUCAAUUGCAUUAUGAGUCUACAUUGCAGUUGCAAUGCAUUAGAUGAGUCUACAAUGCCAUAUAGUGCAGUUCAGUUGCAUUAUAUGAAUCUACAAUGCAGUUCACUUGCAUUAUAUGAGUCUAUAGUGCCGUAUAAUACAGUUCAAUUGCAUUAUAUGAAUCUACAAUGCAGUUCACUUGCAUUCUAUGAGGCUGCACUACCAUUCAGUGCAGUUCAGCUGCAUUAUAUGAGUUUACAUUGCCAUAUAAUGCAGUUCAAUUGCAUUAUAUGAAUCUACAGUGCAGUUCACUUGCAUUAUGAGUCUACAAUGCCAUAUAAUGCAGUUUAAUUGCAUUAUAUGAAUCUACAAUGCAGUUCACUUGCAUUAUAUGAGGCUGCACUACCAUUCGGUGCAGUUCAGCUUCAUUAUGAGUCUACACUCAUAUAAUGCAUUCAGUGCAGUUCAAUUGCAUAUGAAUCUACAAUGCAGUUCACUUGCAUUACGAGUCUACACUGCCACAUAAUGCAGUUCAGCUGCACGAUGAGUCUACACUGCCAUACAGUGCAGUUCAAUUGGGUUAUAUGAAUCUACAAUGCAGUUCAAUUGUAUUAUAUGAGGCUGCACUACCAUUCAAUGCAGUUUAGCUGCAUUAUAAGUCUACACUGCCAUACAGUGCGGUUCAGUGUAGUUGAAUUGUGUUACAUGAAUCUACAACUGCAGUUCAAAAUGUGCCGUUUGCAAAGCGCAGAAAAUUGCGAUCCUUGGAUGCAUCCUAUUUUUAGAUGUGGUUCUGUGGGAAAGAGUACAUCUUAGUAUCGAAGUAAUAUGGCAAGAUAUACAGUUUGUCCCGAAAAAAUGUAUGCACACUUUAAAUGCUUGUAACUCGAUUGAUGUUUUAUCCCCAGGUUAAACCCAUUGGAAUUAAUUAUGGAAACCAGGCUAAGCUUUGAACAAAGGAAAUUCAGUUUAAGUGUGAAGUGCAGACAGGUUAGUAAAGUUUCAAAGCUCAACCAGUGCGAUGUGUUGCCAUGGCUCAAAUGAACCCAAUGGAACUGUUCACAAUGGCUCACUUUCCAGCCAAGCUUAUGUGGAGUUUUCACUCCCAGGAGCAUUUUGAAAUGAGUAUCCUUUGUUCAAAGCUUAGUAUGACUUCCAUUAUUAAUUCCAAAGGGAAAAAAGAAACAUCAAUUGAGCGGUCAGCUUUUAAAGUGUGUAUACAUUUUUUUGGGACAGCCUAUAUGUAUAUAUAACAAUUGGGCCUGACUUUUAGCCAAGCAAAACCAGGGUGCUUCCAGAUACAGAGAUGCCCCAGAGUGGACUUCCGUGGGGCUAUUGUUAUGCCCUCCACCUCCUUGUAUCUGACACGUGACACCGCCACCUUCUUAAUACGCCGACGUCCCACAAACAAGGCAGGUCUCCGGUUUGGGUGCCGAGGAGGAAAGAGCACCUCUUGUCCUCGGUCUGGAUGGUUUGGGUGAGAUGUUUUAGUAUUUUUUAGAAACUUUUUUAUAUAUCUCUCGCUAUAUAUAAAAUGUGUAUAAAAAGAGUUGUAUUGGA